ACAACCAAAGAAAAAAAUCAGUAACUAUUCGCGAAAGCUCCUCUGACCAAAAUGCUCCCGCGACGCCUCGUUCUGAGCUCGUCUUCCGACGAAGACGACGAACCCCAUAAUCAGCCUCACCCACGCCACCACCAAGAAUCUCAGCCCCAGCCGCCAUUAAUCCUCUCACAAUCACGCAAUUCCGUAAACCCUAACCCUACCACUCCCAAUCCCUCCGUCGAGCUUCUCGAGAUCUCCGACGACGAAGAUUUCAUCGAUGUCUCCGACAAUCUCUCACCGCCGUCGCUUCCUACUCCCAAUCCUAACCCUAAUCCUAAUUCUCCUCCUCCUCCGCCGCCGCCGCCGCCGAGCUCCGGUGGUUGUCCGAUAAGCGAUAUUCUUUGGGGGCUAGGGUUGGGGCUGAAGAGAGAAUGGCUCGAUUUUUGUGUCCGGGGACUUGAGCAGGCGGUGCCGGGGUUUGGCGGCCUCGGAGUUGAUGCCAAGGCGAAGCUUUGCUUCGAGAAGUUUUUGGUCUCUGAUAUGAAUCGCUCCGGCGGCGGUGUGCUUCCCGAGAAUGUUGAUCGACUUCAUCUGGUUGAUCUACCCGGACCGUUUGUGUUGCAGGUUGAUGAGAUUGUUAACAUAAGUAAUCCUCUAAAGGGCAGGUAUCAGAAGGCACCUCCUGGUAUCAAGAGAUGCCUCAAGUUGUCGAUGACGGACGGCUUACAGCGUGUAUUUGGAAUGGAAUACAGACCUAUUAAGGAUCUUGACGCUUUGGCUCCUGCUGGAUUGAAGGUUGUCAUCUGUAAUGUGCAUAUACGACAUGGACUUCUUAUAUUGGUCCCUGAGGCCUUUGAAGUUUUAGGAGGAGUAGUUGAGGAAUUGGAAGCAGCAAGACAGCAGCUUGUUGAUGAAGUAAAUAAGCUUCCUAGGGGAAUAAGAACCAGGGGCGGAGUAGUUCCUCCUUUAAGGACUAGAGCAACUCUUGCUGCAUGGCCAUCUAACAGCGCUCAUGUAGCUGGAAACAUCAGUAAUAUGACAUCUGAGCACACAACCCCCAUUCGGGUGCACAACCAAGGUUCUACUUAUGUUGCACUUAGUACCGAUGCUGAUCAAAGAGUUGGGGGAGAGUUUCCUGGUGUCAGUAGUGAAGAAAGUGCUAUUCGCAAUUCAUCAACUAGUGUCAUUAUGGAUGUGGACGAACUUCCUAUUCCUGUAAGCACAGAAAGUGCCAUUCCUAAUCAAUCACCUCAAGUUGUCACUGGUGCAGAAGAGGCACCCUAUGUCGUCUUUAGUACGGUAGAGGAAGAAGUCCUUGUGGAUACUAUUCCUAAUAGCAGAGCUAAUAUUGCACCCAACUCAUCGACUGAUGUUGCUUCAAUAGCGGAGGAAAUUGAUAUGGAAUUGAUUCCUAGUAGAACGGACAAUCCCAUGUCUGAUACAUAUCCCAACGACGUUUUAAAUGACGAGGAAAUCCCUUUGGUUGAUGAGUUUGAACAUCCACUAAUACUAUCUGGGAACCGGGAAAUCCCAUUUACUUACUUAGCUAGUUUGUCAGCCAAGUGGACUGCAAUGAAAAAAAGUGUUCGUUCUGUUAAAGGAAUAGUUAAGUGUUUUUUAACCGGCGUGAAGCGAUUCGAGUAUAAGGACAGAACCUUUGAGCUUCAGGCUUAUGUCGAUGACGGUAGUCUCAUUUCUGAGAUUGUCAUUCAUCAUGAUGCUAUACAGAAAAUGAUAGGUCAUUCUCCACGGGAGGUAACGGCCGCUCUUUCUUCUUCUGACCCGACAACAGCUCAAAAUAUCAGGGAGACAAUGAGGCAGUUCCAAAGCUUUCUAGCAAAAUUUGAGGGGAAAAUGCUUAUAGAGAUAAAUGAAGCCUCUCCUCUUCCAGUUGCUCUAGAGAUGAACCAGGGCUGUUCUGAAUCCGAUGCGCAGUUGCUGUUGCGAAGAUUCAGGUCCUCUAUUCUAGCACAAACAUAAGAGUCUCUCUCUGUUCUCAUA